AUGGAAAGAGGAGUCCAACCCCUCCAACCGUACCCAACCCAAGGCUAUAACGCUAAUCCAAUCACUUUCAGGCUUGUUUGUCGACGACCCCAAAUCCCCCAUGCCUUUGCAGGCUGUCAAACCGAGGUAUCAAUUCCAAUCCCAAAGCGGCUUGUUGACGGCCCAGGGAAAACAUCAAAGCUUCACGACCCCGAUAUUGAUUACCGGAAAACCUGCGUUUGGAGGCUUGUGAUUGAUCGUCAGUCAAAUUCCACAUGCCUUCCUUGUAACAAAAGAUUGACUGACGAAUUAGGGCUAUCCGGUGACCGACCCCAGCGUAUACCACUUGGAUGCACCAGGCUUGAUGUAAUUAACCUCGGCUGGAUUCUCUCGACUCUUGAGCCUGCCAUUAUUGCUCAAGUUGUCGACUGUACCACCACUGCAGAUCUAUGGAAUGAUCUUCGAUCCACCUACUCCCAGCGCGCCUCUGCAUCUCGUGUUCUUGAUCUUCGCCUUCAACUCCAGACUCUCAAGAAAGGCUCCUCUUCGUGUCAGGAGUUUAUGAAGAAAAUGAAGAGUAUCGCAGAUCAACUUCCCUCGAUCGGUGUGCCCGUCUCUGAACAGGAUCUUGUCCUUCACGUGUUGACCGGGCUUGGAGCUGAGUACGAAUCUUUUGUCACCGCUAUUACUACACGAUCUGAUCUAAUGACCUGGCCUGACCUCCAAGGCCUUCUUCUGACACAAGAGCGGCGCCUCCAGGGGCCUUCAGGCACUCAAACAGAUAGUGAGACAGACACCAUCUAUAGAACUUGA